AUGCCACCAACGAAUCGGCAGUGCAACAUGAGACUUCGAAGUUCAGGGUUCCUUAGGUGGUCGUCUCUCCCUGCAGAGAUCCGCCACAUGAAUCUAAACACGAUAGUCGACCUCCAAAAUCCAGGUUGGGCUGCUUUAGCUUCCGUUUCUAAAGAAUGGCAAGGCGUCAUUGGAGCAAAGAACAUGGCCAAGCUAAAACUCCAAUCAUCAUCCUGCUUGGACGGAUUCGGGCAAGUUGUUCGACAGAGACACCUUGUGAGGCACAUCUAUCUUUGCAUUGAGCUACCGAAGUAUAAAUGUGGCCUUUGCCAGGGUCGUUCUCUUCCUGGUCGACUCAACGGUAUCGACUCUGUUGUGAGUAAGGCCAUUGCCAAGGUUCUGACGGUCCUAAGCACGUGGGAGACAAAAGGUCCUUUAACGCUGGAACUGAACACGACGUCUAGCAGUGAUACGGAGCACUGGGCUAAAAACAUUCGGUUUGACGACGAUCACGAUGCAGAUAACCAAGACUUGACUUUGGCAGAGUCUAAUUGGUACGACACCAAGCAUAGGUGGGUAGAUGGCGUCCAGGUGAAGCCCCCGUCUUUCUUUGCUAUGCAGCAGGUCUUUGGGCUUAUUAUACUGGAGCACAGCAGCUCCGUCUCUGUCACCGCAGUCACGAGCCUAAUGAUAUUGAUUUUGUUUCGACAUCACGUUGAGCGUUUUACACAACCCGUCUAUCAAGAUCUUCAUUACCAGAGUAUGAGAAGAAAUCGGUAUUACGAGGACUUUGAUAAUGCAUCUAGUAGCAGUCAAAAUCUAUCUCUGGCAAGCUUGAGACUCGAACAACUUUCUAUCUCGUUCCUUAUUAACGCCGAGGAUUUUGUCGCAGCCUGCAGGGAAGAAUGGACAUGGGAUCACAUGCAAUCAAUAGCCCUGGCUUUCCAGGGAAGUGGAAAGCGCUAUGCGGGGAGUAUUAACAGUCUACUGCUCUCUAUAGCGAAACUGGCACUGCGGAUGCCGAAGCUGGAGACAAUGGUGUUGUGGAAUGGAGGUCGGGGAAACUCUUGUGCGUUUAUCUACACCAGAAACAAGUACUACGCCCGAGUGCUAUGGCGAGGGACGUGGGUCAUGGACAUUUGCCAGGAAGCUCUAGAAGUAUGGGAAGCUGUUGUCGCGCUUUAUUCUUUGGAACUGAAGAUUGGGCAUGAGCGUAUUCAAGAGAUAAUCAACUCUUAUGGGGAUGCUAUACAUCAUAUUAACCUACCCUGUGAGAUAAUCCCACCUACGUCACUUUGGCAGAUGCGAAUUGAAGGUGCUUAG